CGCUUGAGCACACAUUUGCCCUAUCACCCUCCACCUCGAUCAAUAUUACACAAACACGUUUUGCCCUGUAGGAAUCAUACUAACAUGGCCAUCUCAGCAAUAAUCCCUAAGCUCGCCUGCAUUGCCCUCAUGUGGCUCGUGGUGGGCGCUCCCGACAGGGUGGAAUCGGCAGUGACGUGCAACCAGGUGGUGAAUUACCUGACUCCGUGCGUGAACUAUGUGCUGAACGGGGGCAUGGUACCCCAGCCGUGCUGUACCGGUGUCCGCACUCUGUAUGCCGCGGCCAGUACCACCCAAGACCGCCAGGGCGUAUGCAACUGCCUGAAGUCUGUUGUUAACGGGUCACCAAUCUCAAGCUCCAGCACCAACAACGCGGCUAGCCUCCCCGGCAAGUGCGGUGUCAACCUGCCUUACAAGAUCAGCCCUUCUACCGACUGCAAGAGCGUGAAGUGAACUACAUAUGCAAAUCCGACGGUUCUCUAAGCACAGUAUAAGCGGCUAAUAAGAGCGUGAAAUUAACCUGAAGACGGACCACGGUGCUGUUUGACGCAGGCUCCGUGAUCGUGAUUGAUGAAUCUUGCGGCUAGUUUAUUAUUGUGUUCGAUCCCUUAGGAAUCAGUCGUACGUUUUAGGACUUCUUUUGUUCGUGUGUGAGGCAUUAGUUACUAUAUAUAUAUAUAUAUGUGUGUGUGUUUUCCUUUUUGGGUUUCUCGCUCGUAUCAAGAACCCUGUACUUGAAGGUUGUGCCUUUGUGGCUAAUGCAGUAGAUGUCGUUUUGAAUUAUUAUUACGAACAUCGAUCUUUUCCUU